AUGCCACAGCCACCCAAGAUCAUUUAUGGAGCAUUCACCUUUGCGUCUCUGACACAAGAAGAAGCUUCCAAAUUUGUUGAUGUCUUGGAGAAAUACAAGGUGGAAGAGCUUGAUACUGCAAGAAUUUACCCUGGUAGCGAAGAGGCCAUUGGGAAAUUUGAACUCCCAAAGUCAUUCAUAAUUGAUACGAAGGCCCGAGGCUUCGGCGAGGGCACUCUGACUAAAGAGAGCAUAAACGAGUCAAUUGAAGAGUCUUUCGGGCUCCUAGGCGUCGAAAGUGUGGAAAUUUUCUACCUCCAUUGUCCGGACCCAGCGACCCCUCUUGAAGAAACAUUAGACGCUAUCGAUGCGCUCUAUAAGGAGGGAAAGUUUAAGAAGUUUGGUGUUUCGAACUUUUCCCCAGAAGACGUCAGAAAAAUCUACUCUUACAACAAAGAGAAGGGUUACGUGUUGCCCACAGUAUACCAAGGAAAUUACAACGCUGUUGGCAGAAAAAUUGAGACUUCCUUGUUCCCCGUCCUUAGAGAGUUGGGACUGUCGUUUUACGCUUAUUCGCCAAUUGCAGGAGGCUUCUUGGCAAAGACGCCAGAAGAGGUUUUGGGAGGCAAGGGACGCUUCGACACGUCUAAUCACGUCGGCGCACUGUACUCGAAGCUGUACAAUAAGCCCCUGCUUAUCAAGGGCCUGGGGCAAUGGGGGAAAAUCGCCGAGAAAGUUGGGAUUUCUAGGGCAAGUUUGGCUUACCGCUGGGUCUACAACAACUCCAUUCUCGAUGGCAAAUUCGGCGAUGGUGUUAUAAUCGGAGCCAGAACCCCAGAAUCCCUUGCUGAAAACAUAGAGUCGCUAAAGGCAGGUCCUUUGGAUCCUGAAGUCGUGAAGGAGAUUGAAGAAAUCUGGACUUUGGUCGAGAAGGAGGCGAUCCUGGACAACUACUCUCAUUAA